CUGUUGCAAAGAACUUAUUUUUGUAAUCGACCAUUUUAUUUACCACUAUUAUAUAAAUAAUUAAAACAACUUCAGUUAUCCUUUAGAGACACAUGCAUGUUCUGUGUGAUGAAAUGCAAGUGAACGGCCUGUUAGUUUAGACUUGUUAUGAGUAUCAUUCAACUUAAAAAAUUAGUAAAAACAGGGAAUAAAUGGUGAGAUAUUUUUUCUGAAAGAGAAACUUUGAUUAUUUAUUGCAACAAAAUAACAGCUAUUUUCACAGCAUAUGAAAUUUAGCGCAUUCAUUUUUUUGCAUAUUUUUUGGGACAGUUUUUGAAAGUAUUUAAGACUAUAAGUAUUGCAUUGCUUUUUGCUUAUUUGAAUUUGAUAAUUCUCUUGGAAAAGAUGCAUUUUCUUCAGAUAUAAUGGAAUUGCAAGUGUCAAAUUAAAAACAUUUGAAGAAAUCAAAAAUAUAUGCGCAUUGAAAGCAAUAUAAAUUCUUGAAAAUCAUGAUGAUCUAUAUUUCAAAUCUGUUGGUAAACAUAUCUCGGACAUGGAACUGAAGCAUUAAGAAACACAUAUCUUUUCUUCUAGUGAAGUAGUAUAAACUUCUGAAAAGAAAAGCACAGUAGCUUUUAGAAGAAACAUAAAGUUCUGCAUUUUUCUUUAAUAUUGUGAGACCAACUUCAGCAUUUGGAAACAUUGCCCUGUUCUUUGAAAAAUGCCGUUACAAUUCCAUAUAUUUGCGACACCGCGCGAGCAGACUUUUUUCAUAAAUUAAGUUAAGCGUCAUGAAGCUAUGGCAUCUUUUGCUAAGCAUCUCAGUACCCACCUUUACUUCCACAUGGAACGCAACCACCAUAAAUCAGGAAGUCGAAGUAGUCAACCAGGAACUUCUGGCUUUACUCGAAGUGAUCUACAGCACUCGCCAACCACACAAAGACCCCGAGCUUGGAACAAAGAAAACAGUACGGGUGAUCUCGAACCAAGAGGUUAUAGCGGCUACAGUGGCGAGCUUGUACCCUCUUAUGAUGAUUCAAUUAGUGCAGGUAGUCCCCGACAUAUGAGCUCUGAACACAGAGGCAGCAUCAUGGGCAAUGAUUGGCCAGAAGACUAUUUUAGUUAUAGUCCUUACCUUUUAACACCCGAUUUGUCUUCGAAGUCAAGGACACGUAGGCGUCAUAAUCGAAGAUAUGCAAGUUCUUCCGGUAGAUAUGAGGUCUCACUUGAUGAAGAUGAUGACUAUGUCCAUCCCAUGACGGAGCAUCCAAGAAUGAGACCUCCAGAACCUUCUUCUCCAAUAAUGGAUCGAAGACAUCUGCCACCCAUUCCUCAUAGUCCUGCAAGUAGAGAUGGUCGUGAUGACUUUGUACAUCCAUCCGUAUAUCCUGAUGAGCUAGAACAAGAUUGCUUCAUCGUGCCAGCUCACAUGAGGGGACGAUUUCUGCCUGUCAAAGACGAGAUGAACAUGCUGGAAGUAGCCGACCCGAAAGUAUGCAUUAUCAUCGACUUCCGGGAAAAUGGUUCCUUCGCUUCCCAAGAUCUCCCCUUCCCCAGCACGGCCUUGAGACUCACCCCCAAGGAGUGGCUUGCCAGUCAGCUGACCCGUCACCGGAAAGCUUUCAACUGGGUCAAGGAGUCACAGAGCGCUAUAGAGGGAUUGCUGCUAAUGAAUGUGGAGAGACAUAGUCAAUUUCCUUUUGUGACCUACCUUGUCACCAGUACUAUUGACAGUGAUCCUAGACGAAUCAUUCUGCAACUUCGCAGUCAGAGUACAGUAUCGCAGAACUCAGAACAGCUGCAACACACAGCUGGCUAUGAAGAAGUUGCAUCCAUCGUCAAACCAUCUUUAAAUAGCGCCAUAUCCAGCAGAACUGGUUUCAUAAUAUCAGCUUUUCGAGUGUUUCCUGGAGAAGAUCGUGAAAAAUUGGAAAAGAAUUGGUUAACAUGGACAGGAGCUCGCCAAGUCUACACAUCUUUGCCAAAGCAUUUAGGACUACGAAGAUUAACCUUCCAUAAAAAACUUUUUCCUGACGGUGGAAUAACGUAUGUACUCAUGUGUGAAUGUUCCGCGUUGGUGGAACAUGUAACAGAGGCCCUUGUGUUUGUAGACCAUCUCCGAGCUCGAUGCUGUGGUUACACAGCUUUAUACCGGCCGGUGGAUGCCUUUUGAUUCCGUGUUUGAUUGUAUCCCUUUGAGAAUGUAUUGCCGUGCUUUGAGUAUAUACGUUCGAUGUUCUAUAUGUAUGCUGUUCUGUGACGCCAAUGCUCUUUCUAUAGAUUUGUUCGAUGUAUUGAUAAUGUGAAUGAAUAAAUACCACAGAAGAGCAGCAAUGUCAUUUUUCAAUUGUUCAAUCUUAAGAAUUUCAAAAAAAUUCUUGAAUAUAAUUCUGGUCACCUUAAUUUCGUAACAGUACAACUAUUAUGUAUUAUAUAUUGCAGUAACAGUACAAUUAUAAUGUACAGCUAUAAUGUUCAGUGUCAAAGAUUGAGGAUUUCAAAUCAAUUCGGUUCGGCCAGAUUUAACAAUGGAGAAUUAAUUUCAGAGGAAUCAGAGAUUAUAACGAUUUUGCUUUUGAUUGUUACAUAUUUUCGUUUAAAAUACAAACUCUUCUCAAUUUAUUUGAUAUUUGAACUGUGAGAAUCAUAGUAAAGCAAGUGUUUCUACUCAUUUUCCUCAACACCAAUUUUAUUUAAGCCAACAAUAAUUUUUAUUUGAAACAAUCCACAUUUAUGAAACCCAAUAACACUGCCAAUAUUAUUCCUGAAAGUCCUUAAUGAUAUAAACGUGAUAUUUUGAUUUCCAAAAUGCAACAUUUUAGCAUACUUUAAUUAAACACUAAACAGAUACUUAAAUUAGACAUAUUGGAUUCUCAAUGGACCAUUUAAGUAAUUUAUGUUUCAUAAACUAUCUAAAUCUAAAAUUAUUUCUAAAUACAGAAUCAGAAACUAUUCUUGUGGAUAUAAUACUGUAAUAUUUUAUUACAACAAUCAAAAAUGAAAGAAAAUGAAUUUUUGUGCGAAUAUUAUAAAUAUGACUAAACAA